ACUCUUCAUAGAUACGUAGAUAUCAAUUUUCCAGAAUCCAGAUUACAAAUCGGAACCGGAAACAAUUGCUUGCGUUUUCCGAAAAUGUUUGAUUGUGUUUUCCGGGUGAGAUUUGAAUACUGAAAAACUCAAAAGUAAUUUUUCAAUGUGUUUAAGCAAACUUACUUCUCUGCUGCAAACCAGAAACUUUCAAAAGAAUUUGAGAGCAACAAAACUUGCGUUUACAUACAUACUAUGGCAAAAUGUAUGGGCCCAACAAAACUUGGUUUGAUAGCUUUUCUGUAACUAUCUACACCCCCUCUAAUUACUAAUAUCGAAAUCCAAACAACAGUGAAUCGUAGGGUUAUAAGCAAAAGGGGAUCCAUUCUCUGGCGUUCUGUUAAGUCACAAAAUGCUGAGAAGAAAACCAACGAAAAUCGAAGUGAAAAUUGAAGACAAAGAAGAACUUGAGGAAGCUCGCCGUCGCAACACUGCCAACGCCACCACGAACACAACAACCACCACCACAACUGGCGCCGCUUCUCUCCUCCGUCAAUUCGAUCGCGCCGAAGAUUCUUCUUCCAAAGCGAAUCGCAUUGGUCUCUCCUCCUAAACUCUUCUCAACACGCUCCUUUUCUCUUUCCCCUUCCGAUAUGGAGGUUGAAGUCAAGCUUCGUCUCCCAAACGCAGAUUCUUAUCACCGUGUCACUACUUUGCUUUCUCCCUUCCACGUUAUCACUCAUCGUCAACAUAAUCUCUUCUUCGACGGCGCUGGAUCGGAACUCUCUUCUCGUCGCGCUAUUCUUCGGCUACGAUUCUACGGUGACGAUGAACGGUGUGUUGUUUCGUUGAAAGCAAAGGCGGUUCUGGUUGAUGGUGUGAGUCGUGUUGAAGAAGAUGAGGAGGAUUUGGAUCCGAAGAUUGGUCGAGAUUGUGUUGAUGAACCGGGGAAAUUGGGGUUGGUGGAGUCGAGGAUUAUGGGGAGGGUGAAGGAGGAAUUUGGGGUGGUGGGUGAAAAUGGGUUUGUGGGUUUGGGAGGUUUUAAGAAUGUGAGGAAUGUUUAUGAUUGGAAAGGUUUGAAAUUGGAAGUGGAUGAGACUCAUUUUGAUUUUGGAACUUUGUUUGAGAUUGAAUGUGAAAGUUCUGAUCCUGAAGAAGCCAAACGCAUUCUUGAGGAGUUCUUGAAGGAGAAUGGAAUUGAUUAUUCAUACUCUGUUGCUUCUAAAUUUGCAAUUUUUCGAGCUGGGAAAUUGCCAUAGUGAGUGGAUUUUCUAUUGUUUUUCAAUUGAGUUGAAAUGAACUAGUUUAUAAGUUAUGGUUUUUGUAGUUGAUAAUUUAAGAAUGUAACAUUUCAUGUUUGUUGUAUUGCACUUAUCAUUCAGCUGGUUUUGAAAGUUACUAUGAUGUUUUUAGUUUAUGAUUACACAUGCUUGAUCUUUUAUUUA